CAUUCUUUCUUAACAAACCUUCUUUCUAUACCUUUCAUUACCCAUUCUUACAAGGCCCUUCUCUUAUGGUAUUAUGCCAUUGUCUUCCAUGGAAACUCCGGGCUUAAUUUCUUUACUCAAACAUGCUACAUCAAGAGACAAGAGAUCGAAGUCGGCCGGAGGGCUAUUUCGGAUGUUCAAGCUCUUCCCUUUAUUGAAUUCAGGUUGCAAGAUGGUGGCACUACUAGGACGACCAAAGAAGUCUUUACUCACCGGCAACAACGUCGAUGCCACGACCGGAACUCUGUUCGGAUAUCGUAAAGGGAGACUGAAUUUGAUCAUACAAGAAGAUCCCAAGUGUGUACCCAUGUUUGUAAUAGAGCUACCUAUGCACACAAAUUUGUUCCAUAAGGAGAUAUCUUCAGGGUUAGUCAGAAUUGCUCUUGAGAGUGAGAACAAGACUCACAAGAAGAAGCUUUUGGAAGAGUUUGUAUGGGCUGUGUAUUGUAAUGGGCGUAAAGUUGGUUAUUCUAUUAGGAGGAAGCAAAUCUCUGAAGAUGAACUUUAUGUGAUGCAGUUAUUGAGAGGGGUUUCUAUGGGAGCUGGUGUUCUUCCUUGUCCACCAUCUGAGAAAGAAUCUGUAGAUGGGGAGCUCACUUAUGUCCGGGCCCGGUUCGAGAGGGUGGUUGGGUCCAAAGACUCGGAAGCUUUCCACAUGUUAAACCCAGAAGAUGACAUGGGUGGACCGGAGUUAAGCAUCUUCUUUGUGAGGCCUCAAUGAAGAAUUGAAAUAUCAAAUAAUUACUGUAAUAUUUUACUUGUAUGUAAGAAUAAUACACUAAUAUUAAUACGU